AUGAAAAAUUAUAAUCAAUCGAAUCUAAGAGAGAAAUUAAAAGAAGUUUCUUCAUAUAUAUUGGAUAGUGGAAUAAACACAAAGUAUUUUAGUGAUGAACUAAUAAAUGCAAUAACAGGAAUAUGCAAGAAAGAGUCGAUAUUUCAUGAAAAAUAUGCAUCAUUAAGUAAUUUUGGAUAUAAUAUAUUUACUUCAAAUAUAUCACAUCUAAUUAGUAAUUUAGACAAUGAGUAUGACGAAGAACAAAUUGUAUCAAUAGUUAACAAUUCAAUAGAAGACACAGAGAUGGCUAUGGAUGCUAUACAGAAAGCAGCAGAAUCAAAGAUCAAAAAUGAAAAGCAGAAAGCAGCAUAUUAUGAUAUGAUAAAUAAUAACCAUAUAGCAACAAAUUGGGCUUGUUUAUGUAAGCAUGAGUUCUUAUAUAAUUGUGUAAGAAGAAUAGAUACUAAGAAAAAUAAUUUUGAGGCAAUUGAAGAAAAAUAUGCUGAUAUAGUGAACAAUAUAUUUGAGCUAACUGAGAAUAAGGAGUGUUCAAGAUUUCAAAGAGCUAUGGAUAUAAUGACAAUCCACGGAGAUAAUAUUUCUAUGCUUUGUGAUGACAGAUACAGACAAGAUGAAAAUAUGGAGAUACUUGGUUUAAACAUUGAUGAUGUUUAUUCGCUGCAAUUAUUUGCGAAAUUUGAGAAAUUUGAUGGGCCAGUAAUUAUAAAACAUAUAUAUGAUUCAAUAGGCAUUGAGGAUAGCAAAGGCCAGCAAUAUAAUUUUUAUGACACUGCACUUAGUCUAAAUCAUUUCAGAAGUACAACUAAAGAAGAUUUUUUAUCAGAUAACAAAAGUUGCAUAAAUGGAUUUAAAGAAGAUUUAGAUAUACUUAAAAAAACAAAAACAGUAUUUAUUAAUGAAAAUGUUCUAAAUAAUGUUAAUAUUACAUUGAUGGGAUUUGGUAUUAAUACAGAUGCUUUUAAAAAUAAUGUAGUUCAACUAUACUUAGAAAGUGUAAGAAAACAAAUUUCUAGUAUUAGUGGGUCAGAUGUUAAUAUUGCUACAAGAAAUACAGAAAAUAUUAAUGUUGCUAUACAAUAUCCAGAAAAAACACAGCAUAGUAAUAAGUUUAGUAUUAUAAGAAAUUGUGCUAUUUCUAUUAUGGUGGUUAUUUUUAUUCUAUUAUUCGGGUUAUCCAUUUUAAAAUUAUUCUCUGAUAAAGUAAUAUUAAUAUAA